UUCCUUUCUUAAAUAUGAUCGAAAUUUAUAAUUUUUAGGAGUUUAAACUUUUAUUUUUUAUUCUAUAACUCAUCCAAUUUUAAUAAUAUUUAUUUAAUUCUAAGAAAUUAUAUUUUCUGAUAUACAGUGUACCGUAAGACCAGUAAAGUAAAAAAUUGGAAAGUUACUGUUAAACAAUUUUUUUUAUUUCUCUUUUUUCCGUUUGUCCAGAUAGGUGAGCUGAGGUUGUUUGUAUAUAGACAAAGACGUAAAGUUUUUGGAAAUCCAACCAUAUUUUUUUCUGUUUAGACGACUUUGGAUUAAUCGAAUUUGAUUUUCUGAUUUAAAUUUUGUAAUUUUCCCCUCAAAUUUUUAAUAUAUAUAAAUCUGCAUGAUCGGAACGGUGAAAGAGGAAUUAUUGUUGUUCCGACUCAGAGUAGAAAUCUGAAAAAGGAAAAACAUGUCUGCUGCUGCUGCUAUAUUGUGCGGGAAGAGAUCGAACUAUUUUUUUGAGGAUUUUCAGUCUUCGCCGUCGUCGUCGUCUUCGCCGCCGAUUCCGAAGAGAAUUCGCUAUUUUUCUUCGUCUUUUUCUCCGGCGAGGUCAAAUUGUGAUUCCGAUCAUUCAUUUUCUGCUGUUAAUAUUUUCUCCGAUUCUUCGGUUUCAUCGUCGUCGGCACUCGAUCAUCUUCUCACGCUCUUUCCUGAUAUGGACAAACAGUUGGUUGAGAGAGCACUUGAAGAAUGCGGUGAUGAUCUAGAUUCUGCUAUCAAAAGCCUAAAUGAGCUUCGCUUGGGAUCUGGUGAGAAUCCAAGGUCUGUGGCAGGAAGCUCUGGUGCUACCCAGGAGUCCGGCAGCCAGUUUUUUACUCAAGGUACAGCUACAACUAAUGGUGACACCACACCUGCAGAGGAUUUAUCUGCUGCAGAAGUAGUGCAUAUGGACAGUACAGAAUGGGUGGAACUCUUCGUCAGAGAGAUGAUGAGUGCGUCAAAUAUAGAUGAUGCUAAAGCCCGUGCCUCACGAGCUCUUGAGGUGUUGGAGAAGUCCAUAUGUGCCCGUGCAACAGAGGCAACAGCUUGCAGUUUCCAGCAGGAGAACAUAAUGCUGAAGCAACAGUUUGAAGCUCUUAUACAAGAGAAUGCUGUUUUAAAGCGAGCAGUUGCCAUCCAGCAUGAGCGUCAGAAGGAGUUCGAGGAUAGAGGGCACGAGUUGAAUCAGCUGAAGCAGUCGGUGGCUCAGUACCAGGAGCAGCUUAGAACCCUUGAGGUUAAUAACUAUGCUCUCUCGAUGCACCUCAAGCAAGCUCAACAAAGCAACUCUAUUCCCGGGCGUUUCAACCCUGAUAUCUUUUAGUAUGUAUCAUGUCCUUAUUGACUGUAUAAUCUAUAGGAUAGCAACAGUAAUCUCCUAUUGACACAGUUGUUACAAGUGUCUCUAACGAUAAAAUUAAGCUAGAACUUCUGUUUAUUUGAUUAAGGUGCCCUGCUGAAGUUAUUAGCGGAAGGGUACUUGUAUCAUUUAUAGACAAGUUUUUAUUGGCUUUUCUCCAAUUCUUUCAAUUAGAAUCGAAGUUCAUACAUUUCCGAGCUUCUUCUAGUGAUAAGAAACUAUUUUAACAC